AUGACUAUCCAGGAUCGCAUCGGCGAUGUCACGGAACGGAUCGUCAGACGCAGUCACGACAGCCGUUCUCUUUAUCUGGACCGGAUCGGCAAGGCUGCCGACAAGGGCCCCCAACGUUCGCGGCUUUCCUGCGGCAACCUUGCGCACGGUUUUGCCGCAUGUGGACUAUCCGACAAGCAGGCCUUGUCCGGUGAUGUGGUACCCAACCUGGGGAUCAUCACUUCCUACAAUGACAUGCUGUCGGCCCACCAACCAUACGAGACCUAUCCGGCGCUCAUCCGCGAAGCCGCGCACGAAGUCGGUGCCGUGGCGCAGGUUGCAGGCGGUGUCCCCGCCAUGUGUGACGGCGUCACACAGGGUCAGGACGGCAUGGAAUUGUCCCUGUUUUCGCGCGAUGUGAUCGCCAUGUCCGCCGCUGUGGGUCUGUCGCACCAGAUGUUCGAUGCCGCCGUUUUCCUCGGGAUCUGCGACAAGAUCGUUCCCGGUCUCGCGAUUGCCGCGCUUUCCUUCGGGCACCUGCCGGCCGUGUUCGUUCCGGCAGGUCCGAUGACAACCGGUAUUUCGAAUGACGACAAGGCAAAGGUGCGGCAACUCUAUGCGGAAGGAAAAGUCGGCCGGGACGCCCUGCUGGAAAGCGAGUCCAAGGCCUAUCACUCGCCAGGUACCUGUACCUUCUACGGCACGGCAAACUCCAACCAGAUGCUGAUGGAAAUCAUGGGGCUGCACAUGCCGGGCGCCUCGUUCGUCAAUCCGGGCACCCCGCUCCGCGAUGCGCUGACCAGGGAGGCCACAAGACGCGCACUGGCAAUUUCUGCGCUCGGCAACGAGUUUACUCCAGCGGGCGAAAUCAUCAACGAAAAGGCCAUUGUCAACGGUGUUGUCGGCCUGCAUGCGACGGGCGGCUCGACUAACCACACGAUGCAUCUGGUUGCGAUCGCCGCAACUGCGGGCAUCAAGCUGACUUGGGAUGAUAUUUCCGAACUUUCGGAUGUUGUUCCGCUCCUCGCCCGGGUCUAUCCGAACGGCAAGGCGGACGUAAACCACUUCCAGGCAGCCGGUGGCCUUGCAUUCCUGAUCCGCGAACUCCUGUCGGAUGGAUACCUGCACAAGGACGUCAAAACGGUCCACGGCACGGAUCUUUCAGGAUACACGGUUGAGGCCAAACUCGACCAGGAUGGAAACAUCGUGCGUGAACAGGUACCGGCUGUGUCAGGGGACGAAACCGUUCUGGCUCCGCUGUCAAAGGCCUUCCAGCCGACCGGAGGCUUGAAAAUGUUGACCGGCAAUUUCGGCAAGGCGGUCAUCAAGAUUUCCGCGGUCGCCAAGGAGCGGCACGUCAUUGAAGCCCCUGCUCGUGUCUUUCAUUCGCAGGACGAUUUCCUGACGGCCUUCAACAACAAGGAACUGAAGGGCGAUAUUGCCGCGGUGGUUCGCUUCCAGGGUCCAAAGGCCAUGGGAAUGCCUGAACUUCACAAACUCACGCCCUGUCUCGGCAUUCUCCAGGACCGCGGCCACAAGGUGGCCCUUAUUACCGAUGGCAGGAUGUCUGGCGCAUCAGGCAAGGUUCCGGCAGCAAUCCACGUCACGCCGGAGGCAGCGAACGGCGGUCCGAUAGCGAAGAUCAAAGAUGGUGACAUGAUCCGCAUCAAUGCCGUCACCGGUGAACUCAUGGUUCUUGUAGACGACGCCGAAUUCAACGCCAGACCGCUUGCGACCGCAGACCUCAGUGAGCAUCAGUUCGGUGUCGGGAGAGACCUCUUUGCUGCAUUUCGGGCAAAUGUUGGCGCAGCAGAUGAUGGCGCGCACGUGUUUGGUGUGUAA